CCUCCCGAAGCGCCUCGCCAUGAUGCUCACCGCGCGCGUCGCCGCCGCCGCCGCCCUCGCCCGCUCCCUGCCCCGGCAGGCCGGCCUGGUGUCCCGAAAUGCAUUGGGUGCCUCGUUCGUUGCGACAAGGAACCUCCACGGCUCCAGGGCGAGUCUGCAGAAAACCGGCACUGCUGAAGUUUCCUCUAUCCUCGAGGAACGCAUUCUUGGGGCCGACACCUCUGCCGAACUGGAGGAAACGGGGCGCGUCCUCUCAAUCGGUGACGGCAUCGCCCGCGUGUACGGCCUGCGGAAUGUUCAGGCCGAAGAAAUGGUCGAGUUUUCCUCCGGGCUGAAGGGUAUGUCCCUGAACUUGGAGCCUGACAACGUUGGCGUUGUCGUAUUUGGUAACGACAGACUAAUUAAGGAAGGGGACAUUGUGAAGAGGACAGGAGCCAUUGUGGACGUCCCAGUGGGCGAAGAGCUCUUGGGUCGCGUGGUAGACGCUCUGGGCAAUACCAUCGACGGAAAGGGCCCCAUCGGUUCCAAGACACGGAGGAGGGUUGGUCUUAAGGCCCCCGGGAUCAUUCCGAGAAUCUCCGUGCGCGAGCCCAUGCAGACGGGCAUCAAGGCCGUGGACAGUUUGGUACCCAUUGGCCGUGGCCAGCGUGAGCUCAUCAUUGGAGACAGGCAGACCGGCAAAACUUCGAUCGCCAUCGAUACCAUCAUCAACCAGAAGCGGUUCAACGACGGGGCCGACGAGAAGAAGAAACUGUACUGCAUCUACGUUGCCAUCGGCCAGAAGAGAUCAACGGUGGCCCAGCUGGUCAAGAGGCUGAGCGAUGCAGAUGCCAUGAAGUACACUAUUGUGGUCUCCGCCACAGCCUCAGAUGCUGCCCCUCUCCAGUACCUGGCUCCUUAUUCCGGCUGCUCCAUGGGGGAAUACUUCCGAGACAACGGCAAACACGCCCUCAUUAUCUACGAUGAUUUAUCCAAGCAGGCUGUUGCCUACCGCCAGAUGUCCUUGCUGCUGCGUCGACCCCCCGGCCGAGAGGCCUACCCCGGUGACGUGUUCUACCUCCACUCCCGUCUUCUGGAGCGUGCAGCCAAAAUGAACGAUUCCUUUGGUGGCGGCUCUCUGACUGCUCUUCCUGUCAUCGAGACUCAAGCUGGUGACGUGUCGGCCUACAUUCCGACGAAUGUCAUUUCUAUCACCGAUGGGCAGAUCUUCUUGGAAACCGAACUGUUCUAUAAAGGUAUCCGCCCAGCCAUCAACGUCGGUCUCUCCGUGUCGCGUGUCGGUUCUGCUGCCCAGACAAGGGCCAUGAAACAGGUGGCCGGAACCAUGAAGCUAGAAUUGGCCCAGUACCGAGAAGUGGCCGCUUUUGCGCAGUUCGGCUCCGAUCUGGACGCCGCCACUCAGCAGCUGCUCAACCGCGGGGUGCGUCUGACGGAGCUCCUCAAGCAAGGGCAGUACGUUCCCAUGGCUAUUGAGGAACAAGUCGCCGUCAUUUACGCUGGAGUGAGAGGUCACCUGGACAAGCUGGAGCCCAGCAAGAUCACCAAGUUUGAGAGCGCUUUCCUCGCCCACAUUCUGAGCCAACAUCAGGCCCUCCUCUCCACGAUCAGAACCGAUGGGAAGAUCUCUGAACAAACAGAAGCCAAGCUGAAGGAGAUCGUGUUGAGCUUCCUGUCUACCUUCGAAGGAUAAAACUCUUCACCAGGCCGUCUUCGUCCGUGACUGCUGAUAGCCCUCUGGUCCCAUUCUUCCCCCAGAGACUUAAAAAAAAAAAAUGUGUGAGUUGACUGUACAGAUCUUGAAAAUUAAAGUUCUACAUACAGAAA